AUGCCCUGGUUUGCACCCCGCUCUCUCUCACUCUCCACCUCAUACACACAGGCACGGAAACACCAGACAGUCUGCAGUUAAGUUCACGGCAGCAAGAAGACACCGUGGAGACGGAGACGAGUGUGAUAGACCGGGGAGGGAAGGAAGGGCUAAGCAGGGAGAGGCUCCGGGGAGUUGAAGGAGGAGACGGAUGAGUGAAAGAUGAGAAUAGAGAGAGGGCAGAGUUCCCAAACAGGAAGAAUAGAGGAUGCAAAGGAGAAGGGGGGGAAAGGGAGGGAUAGACAGAGAUAGAGGAAUGCAGAAGAGAGGGAGAAACAGGGCUUGGCGUACAGAGGGGGCAGAGAGAGGAGGAGAGAGACGGAGUGUCUUGUCUGUAUGCAUCGUGGGCUGGACACAGGAGUAUAGAGGAAAUUAGACAUGAUGGUUGAAAAGGCACCUGAGAGGGGAGAGACUAUGGACAACAGCGCCCUACCUUUCCCACCUGCCUCUCUCUGCCCUCUUAUCCCUUUAGAUGCUGACGCAGAGUUUGACUGGUCAUUGUCCAAUCAGUCCAGUGCAUCGCCUCCUCUCCAUGACGAUCAGCUCCAACAACAGACAAAGACAGAAGCCGGCCCCAGUCACGUGACUUGUCCUCCCAGUGAGAAUGAAUCUCCAGAUGGCAUGAUAAUGGUGCCUCCUGCAGAGGACAAGGCAUCAGUCCACUCCCACCCCCUCCCAAUGCCACCUGGAGGCACCGAUCAGUACUGCCACAUGAUAGAGAUCCUCACACAGCAACAACAGAGGUGUCUAUAUUUGGGCCAACAGUUUAGUCACAUGGGGGAGCUCACUGAGACAGCUAGGUUUGAGUCCCUGGCGGAGGAGUGUAGGAUACACAUAGAGGUCGUGAAAGAGGCACAGAGGAAAGGACACCUGUUACCCCCAUACCACACAGAGGAACGCACCUUCAAAGCUUACAGGAUCGUGCCUUCACUUAGUGGAAGUGACAUGGUGUUGACCAUAGUGAAGGGCAUCAACCUUCCAGUCCCUACAGGAGGAAGCUCAGAGGGACCAAACCCGCUCUGUGAGAAGGACUACCUGUCCAGGUGCCUGCUCCCAACACUACAGAAACACUCUAACCCAAUCUCACACAAAGGCCUCCUUAACCUUCUAUCAAUCUGUCAUUACUUUUUAUUCAAUAUCCACCCCCACCCAGAGUUCAAUGAACAUUUUAAGCUGUACAUCAAGCGGGGUCAUCGUGGCUUUAAGAGAGUAAUCCAGUCUAAAGGCAUCAAGUUUGAGGUUGUUCAAAAAGGUGGACUGUUUAAGACCGACAAGGUGAUUGGGAGUGCUGUCAUGAAGCUGGACUCUCUGGAGAGGCAGUGUGAGAGCAGACAGCUAAUUGAGGUGAUGAAUAGGCGUGAGGUUACAAGGGCCCAUCUGGAGGUUCAGGUGAAGAUCAGGGAGCCCCUGGGGGGGCCUCAAUUUGACAUACUGUCAGAAAAUUGGCUCACAAUGGACCCCCUCAGCUUGCCCACCAUGGCUGUCAAGAAACAUACACCACAAAAUGUGCCUGUGAAGAAGCUCACUUCCAGUUCUUCAGUCUGCAGUGUCCUCUGACAGCAGCAGAGACCAACAUGAAGAAAAACUUCCCUGGUCGCUCUUAUACAGAUCAACCACAGGCUCAGAAAUGUCAGGAAGUAGUGACAAAAAGACAGCUGAGGGAU